AUGUAAUAGGAAUUCAAAUUGCCAUAAAAGAUUAUCGAGUUGUAUGCUAAAUAUUAGAAUAAAUCAUAAAAAGUGAAAAAAUUCUAACUUUAAGAGCAUACUUUUAUGCUUGAAGAUCAUUAUGCUCCUGUUGAAAUAAUUGGAAGUGGUGCCUAUGGAUGUGUUAUAUAAGCUGAUGACAAGAAUGCCAAAACAGAGAAAGAUAGAUAGGUGGCCAUAAAAAAAAUUGAGAGGGCUUUUGAACAUAGACUCUAUGCAAAAAGAACUUUGAGAGAAUUAAAAAUUCUUAGAUUGAUGAAACAUGAGAAUAUUGUCGAAUUAAAAACUCUCCUUCUUCCAAAAUCAAGAGAAGAAUUUGAAGAUGUUUACAUGGUUACUGAAUUAUUAGAAACAGACUUAGCACAAGUAAUUAAGAGUGACUAGGUCUUAACAGAUGAGCAUAUCUAGUUAUUCUUAUAUCAAAUUUUGAGAGGAUUGAAGUAUUUGCAUACUGCAGGAAUUUUGCAUAGAGAUUUAAAACCAAGAAAUUUAUUAUUAAAUAGAAAUUGUGAUCUGAAAAUCUGCGAUUUCGGUUUAGGCAGAGCAAUGGCUGAUCCUACAUCAUCCAAUAAUGCUAAUAUCAUGACUUAUUAUGUUGAAACUAGAUGGUAUAGAGCCCCAGAAUUGCUGGUGAGUUUCAAGAAUUAUACCCCUGCAGUGGAUAUGUGGUCAGUUGGGUGCAUUUUGGCAGAACUAUUAUUGAGAAAGCCAUUUUUAAGAGGAGAUUCAACUAAGAGAUAAGUGAAAUUGAUUUUUGAAUUAUUGGGUACACCAAAUGAAGCCUACAUUUAAUCAUUCCAAGAUGAAAAAGUUUAAAAUAAUUUAAGGAAAGUCAUUAAGGAAACUGGCCCAAAAUAAGGCAUUCCAUUAGAAUAAUUAUUUAAAAAUGCUUCUAAAAAUGCUUUGGAUUUAUUAAGGAAACUUCUUACAUUUGAUUACCAACAAAGAAUUACAGUUUAACAAGCCUUAGAACAUCCUUAUUUGGCUUAAUUGCAUUUUGAAGCAGAUGAACCAAGUGCUUAACUUGUCAAUUAAUUAGAGUUCGAAUUUGAAAAAUAUGAAAUGACCAGAGAAUAAAUCAAAGAUCUUCUCUAUGAAGAGAUUCUAUUGUAUCAUUUUCCAGAAUUCUAAACAUCAUAUGAGUAAAAGAAAAAAUCUGGAUAAAGUUUAAUAUCUCAUAUCGUGAACAAUGAAAAUGCAAAAAUAUUUGAUCCAACAGCAGACGAUGAUUUAGAUAGAGAUUGA